AUGGGUUGGUUCGACGGGACCUCCUCCAAGUCCUCCUCCGGAGGCUACUACGUCCGCCGCCGCGGCUCACCAACCCGCAGCCAAAAAGGCAGCUCCUCCUCCAGCCACAAGGGCUACUCGACGAACCACGCCCGACACUCCGCGCCGUCCAUCUUCAGCCUCGGCCGCGGAGGCGGCCGAUCCCGCAGCCCAUCGGUCUUCUCGUCGUUCUCGUCGUCGUCGCGCCGGGCCCGCCCGCGCGAGGGCUUCGUGCAGCGCAUGAUUCAGUCCAUCAAGAAGCUGAUUCGCGACAUCUACCGCUACGCCCGGCACCACCCCAUCAAGGUGUUCCUGCUGGUCAUCCUGCCGCUGCUCACGAGCGGCGUCUUGCCCAAGUUGCUCGCAAUGGUGGGGCUGCGUCUGCCGCACGGCGUGACGAGUGCUCUGGGCGGUGCUGGGGCGGCGCGUGGGUUCGGGGAGAUGGGGGGAGGCGGCGGGAAGGGGUUGUCGGAGAGUGUGAAUGGGCUGGUCAGUCUGGCGAAGAUGUUCGCCUAA